AUGCGAGAGCUGGGCUCUCACUCCCACUCUGCCAUGUCCUCAUCAGGAAAAGCUGCCAUUGCCCCCUCCUGCCUCUCCUUCGAGUGCUUCGACACCCUGACCAAGUCGUGCAUCAAGUGCUCCGACCUGUUCAAGGACAACACAACAGAACCUACCCUGGCACCCACCCUGACCAGCACCUUCCUGAUCUUUGGAGUCCCGCUGCUGGUGGGGCUCAUCCUGGUUCUGGCUGCCUUCUGUGGCUUCCUGGCCUGCAAGGUGGGAAAGCAGAGGAGAAGGAUGAAGGUGGAAGAUGAAGAAGACAAAGAAAAUGUAGACAUGACCAGCCCCCUGCCCAGCCAGGACCCUGCUGUGCCAGAGGGACAUGGAGCCCUGAGCCCAGCCCCAUGCCUGCAUCUUGUUGGGAGCCAGAAGAUGCCGGGGCCACCCAGGAAAGCCAGGGCAAAGCAGAGGCCAUGCUGCCAGGGCGAUGCUGAUGGUGACAUUGUUCUGCUCUCCACUGUGUACCCCCGGCCUGAGGAAUGCAACCACAGCUUCCCACUGCCUGCCACUGAGCUGGGGGCCACAGCACUGGUCACCACCAAAACCACCCAGAACUGCGCCAGAGAGGAGAGAGUCUGAGGGCAAGGAGAAUGGGGCUGGAGUGCUCUGGCCAAUCCCUGUGGACACUGACAGCCUGUUCCUGGAAUGAGUGAAGCUUUCCAUGGGUAUGAGCUCUGUGAGAACCAGGUUUUGCCUUUAGCAAGAUCAGCCUUUUAAGACGACUGUCCUUUUUGUGCUGAGUCCCAAGUUACACCUGUAAAUGCUGGAGGAAGCCAAAGUGGAUCAUGCUGAGUUACAAUGAACUGUUGACAGCUGCCAUGGCUGAACCAUUGGGAGGAGGCAGAGGAGACGCAAUGGGGAGGAUGGAGCGUGGCAGGGACUGCUGGGCCAUUUGCAAGGCAGCCCUUGUGCCUGGACAGGUCUCCUGCUGGAUGGGCAGUUGCUGGGAACAUGGG